AUGUGCGAAGGCUAAUUAGAAGGAGAAAAAUAUGAAACUCCAUGGCUAAAAGCUUGCUUCUGUGAAAAAAAGCCUAGUAAUUAGGUAAAUCCUAAUAGUAACUGGCUUUAUGAGUAUGUUUUGUUAUUUUUCAAGUAAUUAUGUAAGAGUGACUCAUUUGUCAAUUCAUGA